CCGUCGUCGUUAUGCCUCGGGGAAGCAGAAGCCGAACAUCCCGCAUGGCCCCACCGGCCAGCCGUGCACCACCAAUGCGAGCAGCUCCACCACAGGCUGCACGUGCUCCGGUCCCCGCGCCUGCCCCUGCAUCAGCCGUGGCUUCUCCUGCUCCCCGGCAGCCAGGCCUGAUGGCCCAGAUGGCCACCACAGCUGCUGGCGUGGCUGUGGGCUCGGCUGUCGGGCACACACUAGGGCAUGCGAUGACUGGAGGAUUUGGGGGCGGCUCUGAAGCGGCCAGGCCAGACAUCACUUACCAGGAGGCGCAGGCAGCCCAGCCUGCAGUGCAGCAGUCGCAGUACCCACCUUGCCAGUACGAAAUGAAGCAGUUCCUGGAGUGUGCCCAGAACCAGUCUGAUCUGAAGCUGUGCGAGGGCUUCAGCGAGGUCUUGAAGCAAUGCCGUUUUGCAAACGGUCUAGCCUAACAAAGCUGAGCAGACUGAAGUCCAAGUCCGUUAAUGAAAGAUGCUUCACUAGUAAAAUUCUCUUUAAAGCCUAAAAAGCCGUCUAGCAUUUCUCAUUUGUUUGCUACCAGUUGGCCAG